AUGGAAAGCAUCCUAAGAGAUAAAACUAAAUUCAUUCAAAUUGAAGAUGACUGCACCUCUCUCAUUAUCAAAAGAGAAGAUCAACUCAAUAACAUGUUAAGAAAACUCAAAGAUAGUCAUCCAAUUGAUAAAGACACAUAUUCACGUCUGUUCACUUCUGGAUCAAAACCAGGCGUCCUGUAUGGGCUUCCAAAAGUUCAUAAAACAAGCUGCCCUCUUAGACCAAUACUUUCAGCUAUUGGCACUUUAAACUAUAAUAUCUCAAAGUAUUUUGUUCCAAUUCUCAAAACACUGAAUAUCAAUGAAUUCACAAUACAUGAUACUUUCUCAUUUGUAAAAACAUUAUUUGAUAUUCCCAAUGCUGACAGUUAUAUAAUGGCAAGUUUUGAUGUUACCAAUCUAUUCACAAAUGUCCCUCUUACUGAAACAAUUGGAAUCAUCAUUGACUCUCUGUUCAACUACAACACUCACAUAAAUGGCUUGAAUAAGGUACAUUUCAAGAAAUUGCUAGAAAUUGCCACUAAAGAUAUAACAUUCUUCCUUUAUGGCAAAUUAAAUAAACAAGUUGAUGGAGUGGCUAUGGGUAGUCCCUUAUGUCCAAAACUUGCAGAUAUAUUCAUGUGUUUUCAUGAAAAGAGAUGGCUCACAAACUGCCCCUGA